AUGGUGAAGGGCCGCCUCCCAUUCAAGAACAGACUUUUACACGACAAGUAUGGAUCUGUUAUACGCAUCGCACCAAACGAACUUAGUUUCAACACUGCACAAGCUUGGGAGGACAUAUAUAGCUUCAAACCAGCAGGCAAUGCUCAGCUUCCCCGAGACCCUAUCCAUAUCGGAUCGGUGGAUCCACUAAACGGUGUCUAUCCUAUGACAUUGUUAAACGGUGCGGAGCACGGUCGACUACGUCGGGUCUGGUCCUAUGCCUUCUCUGAUAAAGCAUUACGACAAAGUGAGGAGCGAGUCCAAAGCCAUAUAGGAAAACUUAUCAAUCAUCUACGACAACGAGAAGGUGAUGAGGUAAACUUAGCCCGGUGGCUCAGUAUGACAACAUUCGAAAUAAUUGGAGACCUUACUUUCGGAGAGCCGUUUGGCUGUUUAGAAAAAGAUAAUGACGAGUCAUGGUAUAAGUUGAAUUUUGCAACAUUCAAAAUUGCCGCCUUAGAGCAGGCCACUCGUCGCCUAGCUGAGGUCAACUCCUGGGGCCAACGAUGUCUAAUGGCAUUAAUUCCCUAUGCUUGGAGGAAACUACGACACGACCACUUGAUAUGCAGUCGCGAUAAGGUAUUACGACGCCUGGAAAAGGAAAAGCACGAACAACUCGACUUUAUAGCCUAUACGCUCAAACAUAGAGAUCAAUUCAAUUUGAAUGAUAGCGAGGUCAUCGUCAAUGGAGCUACAUUUAUCGCGGCUGGAAGCGAGACCUUGUCUAACCUUCUUUCCGGCCUAGUCGCACAAUUGCUUUACAAUCCGGAAAAAUACGAAAAGCUCAAUCAUGAAAUUCGUUCAAAAUUUGCCAAAUCGGAGGAGAUCAGCUAUGACCGAGCCGGUAAACUCCCUUACCUGAGCGCUUGUAUAGAAGAGGCCCUUCGGUUGAAGCCGCCAGUUGGUGAGGGUCUUUUAAGGCGUGUACCGGAAGAGGGGGCCACAAUCGAUGGACAUUGGGUUCCAGGAGGCAUGUCAGUGUCAGUCGACCCGUGGGCCGCAUCCCAUAGUGAAGGUAACUUCCGGGACUGCGAUGAAUUUGUCCCCGAGCGAUGGCUAUCAGACCAGGAACAUUACUUUGCAGCCGACCAGCGAAAAGCUACCCAACCUUUCUCGCUAGGACCGCAGGGGUGCAUAGGCAAAAAUCUAGCGUACAUGGAGAUGAAGUUGAUUAUGAGUCACUUGAUUUGUAAUUUCGACAUCAAGAGCACGGAUGGAGCCUGGCAAUGGGACCCUACAGGCCAGAUGAGGAAUCUCAGAGUUUAUGUCGUCUGGGAAAAGCCGCCAUUAAAUGUGAGCCUCACGUCAGUCAACUCAUCAACCUAA